AUGUCGAACCAGCAGGGAGCAAAGAUCACCGUUCAUUGGCUGAACAAAUCCCGUGGCCAGCGCGUUGUAUGGCUGCUCGAAGAGCUCGGCCUUGAGUACGACAUCGCGGUGCACAAGCGCGAUGAGAACAAGCGCGCGGGUCCCGAGCUAAAGGCCAUCCAUCCUUUGGGAAAGUCACCAUGUGUUACCAUCAGGCCCGCAAACUCUGAGAAGGACAUCGUGAUCGCUGAGAGCGAGACGAUUAUGGAGUACAUUUGCGACCAUUUUGGCAAGGACUUGGUUCCUAAGCGGUACCCUGAGGGACAGGAAGGUGUGCUUGGCGCUGAGACUGAGGAGUGGAUGAGGUACAAGUUCCUGAUGGACUACACUGAGGGUAGUCUCUUCACUAUCCUAAUCCUGGCGCUAGUCACCGGAAACAUCAAGAACGCCCCAGUCCCAUUCUUCCUCAAGCCCAUCACCAACGGCGUCGCCGGCAAGAUCGACUCUGGCUUCGUCGACCCAGAGCUGAAGACCCACUUCGACUUCCUCGAGGACUACCUCGUCAACUCUCCUAGCAAGGGCGAGUUCUUCUGCAGCGACAAGCUGACCGCUGCGGAUAUCAUGAUUCACUUCGGACUUGAAGGCGCGACGCAGAGGCUGCCAUUGAGCGAGACGAGCUACCCUAAGUUGUAUGAGUACAUGAGGAGGCUGCAGAAGAGGGACGGGUAUCUGAGUGCUGCGAAGAGGGUAGAGGAGGCGAGUGGAGAGAAGUAUGUUCCGUUUAGUGACGCGAAGUUGUAG